AGAGGAUGUGCGGAAGAGAGAUAUUGAAGAUUGUUUCUUCUUUCUUUCUUUUCGAUUCUUUACCACAGGCUUGUUUGUUAAUAUAUAAUCAACAGACUAAAUCGUCGUCAGCGUCGGUUUACUCGGUUUACUAACAGCGCGGCUGCGGAUCCCCACUUGCGCAGCGGGAAAACAAGGUUUCCCUCGCUGCAUAAGUCUGGCACCGACGCGAGUAGCCGCUAUAUACACAGCUCCCGACGCGCCGUUGCUUACGUUUGGUCUAAUUUGUCAAACGUCAGUGUGGCUUUGCCUCAUGCGCGCCCUGACGGAACAGCCACAUUUGCCCACCCAAAUGUACUUCUGCGUGUAUUUAUUGUGAUGAGCAGUCCAUGAAGACUAGCCGAGGCCAACGGGGUAUAGCAGUGUAAUCGAUCGUGUAGCGUGUUUGUGUUCGGCAUUCUCGCGUCACCGUAAGCGCGAAUAAGAAUGGCGGUGUCGGUUGCACGACAACGCGCAUCAGAGCAUACUGGGUCGGGAAACGUGACGUGUUAUGAGAGCGUGAGGAAUGAAACGGGGUUGCAAGAAGAACGGAAUUCAAUGUUCUGGUGCGGUAAGCGGCAGUUCAAACUGCUUGGUAAACUUAUCCUGUUCAACCUCCUGAAUGAUAUGUGAACCUCUGCCAAUAGUAUAGACUGGGUGUUUAGGAUGCUCAUUCUGAGCUCGCUUCCAUAGGCAUA